ACUGUGCAAUGUUCAUUAUAUAUAAAUAUUUUUAAAAUGGAAUGUGAUUUAAAUGAAGAUAUCGAUAUAAAUGAUGUUUUUGAUGAUAUUGCAUUAUCAGAAGAAAAAAUUGUUCAAAACAGUUUCCAAGAAGGUUUGAGUAAAGGCGUUUUGGAAGGUGAAAUCGAAGGUUUCCAUUUGGGAUAUCAUAGAGGAUCAGAAAUAGGAAGUGAAAUAGGUUUCUAUAGUGGUUUUGUAGAUAUAUUGAUUUCCAUUUCCACUUUGAAAGAAGAUUUCCCUCAGAAGGGAAUAGUUAUUCUAACCAAGUUGAAAAACCUACUUCUUGAAUUUCCUAGAAGUAAUGUAGAAGACUGUGACAUGGUUCAACUACUAGAAAACAUUAGAUCACUUUAUAAGAAGUUGUGUGUCAUGCUGAAAAUUGACUGUAGACUACCGAUGAAAGACGAACUGUCAUUCUGAUUUAGCCUACUAACGGUUAUGGCUAUUCAUGAUAGAAUGAACUUCAAGAAAUCCUUGCCUCAAGUCAGGCAUAGAUUGAUUGAGAUGACAGAUUAUAUAAAACCAUUCUUACCUAUUCUGGAAUGUCAUAUGGUUAACUUUUAUACAAACAAUCUCUGGAGCAAAAAUGUGCCCGAGAAA